AUGGCAGAAUACGGGACCCUCCUUCAGGAACUGACCAACAACACCACCCUUGAAGAUUUGGAGCAGCUCAAGUCAGCCUGCAAAGAGGACAGCCCCAGUGAGAAAAGUGAGGAGAUCACUACAGGCAGUGCCUGGUUUAGUUUCCUGGAGAACCACAACAAGCUGGAAAAAGAAAACCUCUCCUACAUUGAGCACAUCUUUGAGAUCUCCCGUCGUCCUGACUUCCUCACUAUGGUGGUUGACUACAGGACUCGUGUGCUGAAGAUCUUGGAGGAAGAUGAGCUGGACACUAAGCUCAUACGUAUUCCCAGUGCCAAGAAGUACAAAGACAUUAUCCGGCGGCCCUCUGAGGAAGAGAUCAUCAAACUGCCCCCCUCUUCCCCCACCGAAGAAAGCCUGAAUAAGGGGAAGGAAGAGGAGGAAGGUUGGAUCUUUGUCGGGCCACUCCCCUCCACCAUUCUGAGAGGGAGCAAGGGCACCUCCCUCCCUCAUCUACCCACUUACUAA